UGUCUUCCGGCGGCGUUUUCGGGCCAAUCCAUGGAAGCUCACGGCACCGGCCUCCGCCGCGUGUUGGUGCUGGCAUUGUGCGUCGCUGGAAUCUGGUCCGCCUAUAUCUAUCAGGGAGUUCUGCAAGAGACUCUGUCCACCAAACGUUUUGGUCCAGAUGGGAAGAGAUUUGAGCACCUUUCCUUUCUGAACUUGGCCCAGAAUGUGGUCUGUUUAAUCUGGUCAUAUAUAAUGAUAAAAAUUUGGUCUAGAAGUGGUUCUGGAGGGGCUCCGUUGUGGACUUUUUGGAGCCCUGGAAUUACAAACACUAUUGGUCCUGCUAUGGGAAUUGAAGCACUGAAGUACAUCAGUUACCCUGCCCAGGUCCUGGCAAAAUCAUCAAAGAUGAUUCCAGUGAUGCUGAUGGGUACUCUAGUUUAUGGUAUAAGAUACACUUUCCCUGAGUACAUAUGCUCUUUACUUGUGGCUGGUGGAGUUUCUACCUUCGCUUUAUUAAAGACCAGCACGAAAACUAUCAGCAAGUUGGCGCAUCCCAAUGCCCCUCUAGGAUAUCUUCUGUGUUUCCUCAAUCUUAUGUUUGAUGGAUUUACAAAUGCGACUCAGGAUUCAAUUACGGCAAGGUACCCAAAGACUACUGCUUGGGACAUAAUGUUAGGAAUGAACCUUUGGGGAACCAUAUACAACCUAAUAUACAUGUUUGGCUGGCCACAAGGUAUUGGAUAUGAGGCCGUCCAGUUCUGCAAGCUGCAUCCUGAGGCAGCGUGGGACAUCUUCCUCUAUUGCCUCUGUGGUGCAGUGGGUCAGAAUUUUAUUUUCCUAACCAUUAGCCGAUUUGGCUCCCUCGCUAACACCACCAUCACCACUACACGCAAGUUCGUGAGCAUAGUUGUGUCCUCAGUAUUAAGCGGCAACCCCUUGUCAAUCAAACAAUGGGGUUGUGUUGUCAUGGUCUUCUCUGGAUUGUCAUACCAGAUCUUCCUCAAAUGGAGGAAAUUGCAGAGGAUGCAGAAGAAGAGGAAGGCCAUGUGAAUAAGGUUCUGCGACAACUCCUGGCCUUUAUAAUUAGCUCUUCCUGCGACAUCCUAUUUACAACUUACUUGUUCGCUUGUAUAAUUGUGUGACCUGAAGGUCCGGUAGUUUCAAAUUUAGGCAACAGGUAGCAUAUUGAUCAAUGUAAUUCGGUAGAUACUUUUACAAGGAGGAGAGAGUUUUGUCUUCAGAA